UCUGGUGUUGAGACCAGCUUCGAUGAUUGAACCAAUGCUUUAGGAUGAAAGAAAAAGGUCAAGGUGAGUGUCCUGAUCAGGAUUGGCCAAUAGUUCAAAGUCGUGGACGAAAAACUGUGACACUUGAACAACAGGCAAAUGGGUUGAGUUUUUUCUGGUCUGCCGAUGAACUUGCAGGUGAAGUUCACCAAAAUGGCGGAAUACCAAACGCUCAGAGUGAGACACCAGCCGUGAAGUACGCUGAGGUCGCCAAGCUGAAUGGAGCUGGAGCUGUCACUGUUCAACAAAAUGGCGUUGUAUCUUACCAAAGCAAAACGAGCAUUACCGAAUCUAAACAAGAUACGAAACAGCAAAACAAAUCACUAAACAAAACGCAGCAGAGUGCCUCGAGAAACGACCCAGUUCACAGCCAGCCUGAUCCCACAGCCGCACACAGACCCCGCAGUAAGGGAGAAAUAACGGACAAGCUGUUGGCAAGAUGGCUGAGGUCGGGUAACCCGGCGGAAGUCCUUUGUGCUAUGACAUCCAUGCAGACGGCCCUAGAAAGGUUUCUUAUGUCAGACUUCAUAAACAACGACUCGUUCUUUUCUUUCGUCAAGGCGGUAGAACUGGCCACAAAAGCCGCGUAUAUAAGACAAACUCUAUCCGAACUUCUGGAAAUCUUGUGUGACAAUAAAUUCUUUAGCAAGCACGCCAUCAACUUCUUUCACCUGACAAUACCCAAACACGGCUGCAAUACUCGAGUGGAAGCCAUGAAAUCAUUAGCUGAUAUAUUGAUGUGUACUGUAUACGUUUUACCAGCAAAGGCCACUACUUGCAUGACGACCAGCGUGCAGUUACAAAAUAUCAGAAAUAGUUCAAAAGAUUUACAAGGAAUGAAAGAAUUAAAGGAGAAAUUCGAUACACUGUACAAGACGGCUAAGGAAAUGUACACAUCUGUUAAUAAACAGACCUCAGCCUCAGAGAUGCAGAUUUCUGAUGUGGACCAGAAAUCACCAGAAAGUUUCCGAGACCUUCCUGCAUAUCCCACCCUGAUGGAUGUCAACAGAACUUCUGACACCUACCUGCAGAAAGCUGUUGUUCAAGGCGCUUACAUAGAUGUUGAGCACUACCUUGAUGUCCAGUUUCGGUUGAUGAGGGAGGAUUUCAUCAUACCCCUGCGUAAGGGCAUCGCAGAGUUAAAGAACAAUCCUGACAAGAUACGUGACAAAACGUCGGAUCUAACACUCAGGUUAUACCGCGGUGCUAGGAUAACUCGAGUAUUCGAUAAGCACCAGCUAAAAUACUCUGUCAAAUUUGACAAAAUGAGACGAGUCAACUGGAAAGCCUCAAAACGACUUAUAAAUGGUUCGCUCGUCUGUUUCUCCAAGGAUAAUUUUACGACAAUUAUUUUCGCUACUGUGUGUAGUCGAGAUCAGAUUAGUGGAGAAAUAGAAGUCGACAUCAAAAGCGGUCUCGAUGAUUUACUUAGCAACAGUCCAUACGAUAUAUACAUCAUGGCGGAGGCGACAAAUCUAUUUGAACCCUACUUUCAUGUACUUAAAGGAUUUCACGAGAUGUCCCAGUCCAUGCCAUUCCAACAAUAUGUGAUCAGGUGUGAAACGACGCUUAAGCCACCAAGAUAUUUGCUUUCAAAAACCCAGACUGUUCCUAACUAUAAUUUGUCCUGCUUUAUGAACAAGGACAAAUUUUGGAUGUGUCCAGUACUGACGACAACAAAAUGGCCGCCAUGUGAGAGCAUGUGUUUAAACAAGUCACAAAGAGAAGCCGCCAUCUUAGCCCUGACAAAAGAAAUGGUGCUCAUUCAAGGUCCUCCAGGGACAGGAAAAACGUAUGUAGGUCUCAAGGUCAUGGAGGCCAUCAUGAAAAACUUGGAUGUUGUGUUCGGCACUGGGCCAGCCACUCCAAUCUUGAUUGUCUGUUACACGAACCACGCCUUAGAUCAGUUCCUGGAAGGGAUUUUAAAGUUCUGUGACGACGGCGUAGUUAGGGUUGGUGGGGGAAGUAAAUGUGAAAAACUUCAACCAUUCCUUUUAAAAGAACAACUAAAUAAGAAUAGAAACAACAGCACCAAAAAUAGUAACCGCUAUUCCAUUUUUAAAGCAAAAAAUGAGUGCUUUGAAAACAUGAAGGAGAUUGUGACAGAAAUAAAUCGGCUGAGUCAGCAGCUUGCUACGAUAAAAUCUGGUGUGAAAUCUGAGGAAGAACUAAGGAAAUACAUAGACGAUGUCCACUACGACUCUCUCUGCAAUGAUUGCCCAGAAUCUGGCUACAACAUUUCCAAAAUGUCGCAGUGGUUGAAUUCUGAUGAGGAGGAUCACCAAGACUCGCUGCGGAAAAGAAUUGAGGAUUUUUUAUACAAACUGGUGUUAAACUGGGAUUUUAGGAUCAAUCUUGACGAAGCGAGCAAGGUUGUUUCCAUGGAUAUAACCGGACGAGCCAGCUUAUACUACACGGCUGUUUUAAAACUUAGAGAGGUGCUAGAAAACGAGAUGGCGGUUCUGUGCAUGCAAAAUGAACCUGAAGAGGUAGCUACAAAAAUAGAUGAGUUAAAACAAAAGAUUGAUCAGACUAGAAGUCGAAUAGUACCGGAUACAGAGAUCGAACAGUUCUUACCUGAGUUCGAAACUAUUCAACGUUUUAUGAAAGGCAAGAAAGUGCAAGAAGAGGGAAUGUUGAUAAAAACUUGGAUCAUAGGACCAAACAGAGGAAUUAAAGACCAGUUCGAUGAUAUUGAGACUUUAGUUAAAGACAUGGGGAUUACAGGUGUAGAUUACUUCGAAAGUAGCGACAUUUUAUGUUCCAUUGAGUUGACAACAAUAGACAACGACGACGUUGAUGACAUUGAUGAAUUCGACGACUUAAAUGAUGUUGAAUACAGUAGCCUUGACAGAGACUCAACAGACGAGAGUCAUGAGCUGACCAUCAAAGACUACAUGAACUACAAUAAAAUGUCGGACCAAGUAACCCGGUUACUACAUCUCGUGCAGAACAGCGAAGAGAGUAGUUGGACAGUCGUGGACACCAAGAAAAACUUGCAACUCCUUCCUGGCUGGAUGACAGAGGACCAUAUGGCCGAGGGGCAAGCUGCAUCUAUCACAAACAUUUGGAAACUUAACGAGACUCAAAAACAUUCUUUGUACAAUUUGUGGACUCAGCGGUUUCGGCUGGAUAUUCUUGAAAGUUUGCAAUCUUUGCUUGACAAACACAAUUCGGAAGCUCAAAAAAUGGAAGAGUUUGGGAAAGAAGAAAAACUGUUAACUUUAAAAUCUGCUAAAAUUAUUGGCAUGACAACAACUGGAGCAGCUAAACAUCGUUCUCUGCUUGAAGCUGUGGGUUGUAAAAUUAUAGUGGUUGAGGAGGCGGCCGAGGUAUUUGAGUCCCAUAUAAUCACAGCACUGAACGCACAUUGCAAUCAUCUUAUCCUGAUUGGUGACCACCAACAGCUGAGGCCGAAACCAAACGUCUACGAACUGGCCAUUGAAUACGGUCUAGAGGUUUCCUUGUUUGAGAGACUCAUCAAGAACAACGUCCCACAUGUUGUGCUUAAGGUACAGCACAGAAUGCGGCCUGAGAUAUCAAAACUUAUGCUUCACAUAUACCCUGAGCUCGAAGAUGAUGACUCAGUGUUAGAAUAUGAUCACAUCAGGGGAGUUGAAAAAGAUGUUUAUUUCAUCAAUCAUACCAAUGUAGAAUCCCAAGUAGAUGACAGCUUAAGUAAAGAAAACAUAUACGAGGCGGAAUACAUGGUGGCUCUAUGUCAGUACCUUCUCGACCAAGACUACAGCCCACAAUCUAUUACCAUACUUACAACUUACGCCGGGCAACUGCUAGCUCUAAAAAGGCUAGCAAGGGAUGAAUCUCUGGAUCCGAGUGUGAGAAUUGCUGUCGUUGAUGACUUUCAAGGUGAAGAAAACGACAUCAUCCUGCUCUCUCUUGUGAGAAGUAACAAAAAGAAAAGCGUUGGGUUUUUAAAGAUUGACAACAGAAUAUGUGUUGCUUUGUCUAGAGCUAAGAAAGGUUUAUAUGUAAUAGGAAAUUUUAGCAUGCUGUCUUCGCAAAGCAGUCUGUGGAGAAAGAUUGUUGAAGAAACUCUGAAAUGUAACAUGAUAGGAGAUGGCCUGCCAAUCUGCUGCCCAAGUCACCCUGAGAACACACUUGUGAUUAGAAGUGCUAAUGACUUUAGGUUUCGUCCUGAAGGGGGGUGUGGAAACCCGUGUGAGAAGCGACUCCCAUGUGGACAUGUGUGUGAUCGCCCCUGUCAUGGGAAUGACCCAGAACACAUCGAACACAAAUGUAAGAAGAGGUGUGCUAGGACGUGCAAAGAAGGUCACACGUGCAGACGGCUGUGUUUCAAGGACUGUGGAAUGUGUGAGGUUUUUGUUACAAAAACUCUCAAAUGUGGACACGAGGCAGCCAUGCCCUGUGGACGUGAUCCAGACGAUCACGAUUGUGAAGCGAGGUGUCCUGAGAUUUUUGACUGCUCGCAUCAAUGUUCUGGAAAAUGUGGCAGAUGCUCAAGACAUAGGGAGCAUCCUCGUUGCGAAACUAAAGUAGCCUACCAGUUCCAGCCGUGUGAAGAUGUAAACGAUAUUCCUUGUUACAAAACCAAAGAGGACCCACCUUGCGAGAGAAUUUGUAACGAAAUCUUAGACUGCGAGCACCGAUGUAAAGGCAUCUGCUCUGACUGUUCAAAAGUUGGUCAUAGAGCUUGUCCCGAGAUUUGCAAUAAGAUUCUUGUCUGUGGUCACGCGUGUAAAGGCAGAUGCAAGAAUUGCACCAGCAAUGAAGAACACUCAUCAUGUAAUGAAAAAUGCAACGCGAAGCUUGAAUGUGAGCAUCAAUGUCAAGGAAGAUGCGGAGAUUGCGCAGAGAACCCCCACCCGAAAUGUAAGCAGACAUGUAAAGGAAUUCUUGCUUGCUCUCACCAAUGCGCAGGUAUUUGUUGGAAGUGUACAGAAAACACGCAUGAACAAUGUAAGAAAAUUUGCAACGCUCUUCUUUCUUGCAAGCACAAAUGUGAAGGUCAGUGUGGUGUCUGCUCACUCAAAGGCCACGGCACAUGCAUGAGACCAUGCAAGAAAGAACUCGCGUGUAAACAUACUUGCAAUGGACUUUGCGGCCAAUGCUCGGAAAAUGGACAUCCUAAAUGUUUAUCGACAUGCAGUGCUACGCUGACGUGUGGUCACAAAUGUAUUGGAAAAUGCGGGGACUGCUCAGAGAAAGGUCACGCAAAAUGUCAUGACAAAUGCAAGAAGAAGCUGCCUUGUACACAUAAAUGUAAGGGAGAUUGUGGCGAAUGUUCGGAAAAGGGCCAUAGCAAGUGCCCAGAAAUAUGUAAUAAAUUACUUCCUUGCAGACACAAAUGCCAAGGAAUCUGUGGCGAAUGUGCAGAAAACGGCCUACAUUCAAAAUGUCUGAAACCAUGCAGUGCUGAACUUCCUUGUAAACAUAUUUGCAAAGGCCAGUGCGGAGACUGCUCUCAAGGAACCCACAAGCAAUGCCAAGAUGAAUGCAAAGCUCUUUUUCGAUGUGGGCAUCAUUGCACUGCUGUGUGUGGUAGUUGUAAAGAGGGAGGUCACAAGCAAUGCCACGCUGAUUGUAAUAAACAUCUUCCGUGUGGGCACAUGUGCCCUGGGGUGUGUGGUAUCUGCCAGAACAGUGGUCAGCACAACGAGUGUCAGGAGAAGUGCACAAACACCCUCAUAUGUGGGCACAAAUGUGCUGGCACAUGUGGACAACCUUGCGUGCCGUGUAAAGAAAAAUGCCCUUUUAGUUGCAGACACGGUUCAUGUUGCGGCGAGGUGGCUAAACACUUGUGUGGUGAGCCUUGUAAUCCAUGCAGAGCUAUCGAUUUCUUCCGCUGUGAUCACGGUGGUCAAAUGAUCAGAAAUUGCUUUGAUAAAUGGCCUAAGAAACCAUGCGAACUGAAGUGUGCGAAGAGAAUGAAAGUCGUCUCGUUUAACAAUGGGAAAAAGACAAUUUGUCGACACCCGUGUGCGGGUAUUUGCGGCGAGAUUUGUGUCUGUAAGGUCUGUGAGCAGGUACGGCCGAUAAAAAAAUUUAAAGUUCUAAACAUUUCUUCACCCCAAAACCAAAAGCCCAUAAAACAAGAGCGGUUGAUUAUCAAACUCCCUUCCUGCCUUCACGUAUUCUACGUGGACGAGCUAGAUAAUUAUGUUGAUAACUACGACCCCAAUGGCACCAAAUUUCUUAAGUGUCCAGUCUGUCAGAAACUCAUCACAAACUGCCCACGAUACGAAAAUAUUUCUAAAGAACGUUUCGCAAAAAGGGAAACUCUCAAAUCCCAAGGUAUCGUGUACAUUCCAGGGCCUGUUAGCAGAGAACCCAAGAACAAGAAAAAGAGAGAAGAUAAAAAUGUGCCAACAAAAGAAGAUGAAGCUGAUAUCCCGGACUACGUGGCGGCUGCUGUAGCAGCUACUGAACAAAGUCAGAAACGUGGGGCAAAGAAAAACCAAGCGAAUGAUAAAACUAACGGAGACAGUUCAGAUGAUGGGGCUCGAGGAUCAACUGCAGUUGAAAUCGACGAGAAGGGCCACAACCAGAGAGGAAAUAACACUGGUGAUGGUAAUAAUGGAAAAGACGGCUCGGGGGGUGAUGAGUGUGGUGUGGAAGAAUCAGAAAAAAAGAACCAUAGUUCCAGAAAAAAUAGGAAAAAUAACAAGAAUUUGAAAUCAAAUCAGCGGACAUCAAGUUCAUCUACGUGUUCCCAAGCAAGAAGUGAACAAGAUACGCGCGAUAGAGUUGCAAAUAACGAUGGCGCCAAAGGCGGAAAUACGCCAGCUGUUCAAGGCAAACUGACUAAAAAACAAAAGAAAAUGAACAAGGUUUUGAGCAAGGUGGGCGGUCAUGAAGCGGCUGCUUCCACUUCAUCUGGGACGAUGACAACUGGCAAUGGUUUCCAAAAUGGUGAUAUUGAAAAGAAGAAAAAAGAAUUCAACUAUUCUCCGUUCAAACGUCGCAAAAUGAUCAACAGUGCUAUGAAAUCUGCCGAACAUUCCUCAACGACUGAUGAUGCCACAUCGUCUGCAACAGCCUCCGGGGGUAACAGCUACAACCCCUCAACAGAUUCAAUAAGGAAAAACAGUGAAAGCUCUGGAGGUUUUGAUCACCCAGACAAAAGAAAAAAUAAAGGAAAGAAAUCUUUUAUGGAAGAUUCCAAAGCUCAAGGUGAUAGACAACAAAAAGAGAAAGAUGAAGACAAGGACUCAAAAUCCAAGAAAUUUUCUGCUGGAAAAAAGAAACACCAUUGAAGUUUUCUUUUGACAUAAGACAGAAUAGCCGAUAAAGUCUGAAAAUGGAAAAGAGAUUACUUUUUUAAAGUAGAUCUAACUAAUUUCUUUAUACAUUACCUGUACAUUACCUGUUAUAGUUAGCUAACAUUGUUUACAAGUGUUGCUUAUUACAAUGCCUUGAAUCCAGAAGAGUAUUUUUAUAAACCAAACUGCUUUACUAAUUACUAGUAUAAUUCUUAUUCCAUUUGAGUCAUUUUACUUUAAAAUGUGUAGGCAUACGUGUGUUUUGUUUUAUUAGCAACUGAUAAAGCACAAAAUCUAGAUACAUUUUAAAUAUUCAAUUUAUUGUGUAACUUUUAUAGACUUUUUUUAAAAACUUUGCUAGGUUGGCUAUGCUUUCUUUAUUACAUAGAUCUAGAUGCUUGUUAAUAUGUUUUAAAACUGUUGAUACAUUUACCAUGUCGUGCUGUUUGAGAGACGUAGGCCAUGUAGACAAGAUUAAUCCAUCUCUCACAGAAGCAAGCCUGCGUUUACAUUUACGUGCUUUUUGUCAAACAGUGUUUUUUUUAAUUUUAAUUAUUUCUUUAUUUUGCAAUUUCUUGCUUUGUUGUUAUCUAAUCUUUCUUGUAGGAUAAUACAGGGAAUACUGUUUGAGUGUUACUUUAGAUUUACGUGAGGAAAUCAUUUACUCAUAUGCUCAAGAAUGAUAUUUUCAAAGUAUAUAUUUUCGUCAUUGUUUAUUUAACUUUAUUAUUCUAGGCCUGCUUAUAGUAAAGAGGGAACGGCGGGUAUGAGGGACUGAGAUUGUGGUGACGUCAGUUAUCAAUAACAAUUUAUUGGUUAUAUUGUCAAAUAUUUAAAAUGCACUAAUUAUUAAGAAGUUAACUUUCAUCGAUAUUGAAUUAAUAUUUAUCUUUAUACCUCUUGUAUUACUGGAUUGUAAUUUAAUCACUUCGAAAGUAGACUUUAUCAAGUGGAUCUAUCUAUAAGAUCAGUCAUGAUGAAUACUUAUAUUUUUUUUAAAAUAAGUUUAAUAACAUAAGAGUCAUUAUACAAUAUUUAUUCACAAUCUACUAUUUUGUUUAUGGUUUUAUUUAGUACCCUACUUGAUAUAAAUGUUUUUCCAACUAGAUCUAGUUCUAGUCAUAAUUUAAUUAAUUUUGUAUAAUGAAACUUACUUGAUGUUUCCAUCCAUACCAGAUCAAUUUGUAAAGUUUUCAGCCACUUUCUGUUCGUUGGGAAUAGUCCAGUUCCACAAUAGCAUGCCAUUUCUAAACUAAAUAUAGUUUUGUAUUUUUUAUUGUAUAUACAAUAUUUUAUAGUUGUUUUUUUAUGUAGUUUUUUUUUUAAAUCUUUAAUGACAAAGCUUGUGGGUUUUUUUUACGUGAACUGUUAUUCUUCUACUGCAGUUUCAUUUAAACUAUAAACUUGAAUCGCUUUGUAUAAAAUAAAUGUCAAUUGAUUUUCCCACGUUUUCUUUAACUU